AUGUUGAAGAGUGGUAAGACUACAAUAUCGAAUUAUUUGGCAGAUUCAAAUGAUCUCAGUUUCAAUGAGUACCAACCGACGCGAGGAGUUCGGAUUGUUGAAUUUGAAAGCAACGAAUUAGAACUUGAUGGAGAGCGUGUGGAAGCUGACGUAGAAUUAUGGGAUUGUAGCGGUGAUGAAGAGUACAAAGUUUGCUGGCCGGCAAUUAGACGUGACGCUGAUGGCGUGAUAUUGGUUUGUAAACCUGAUCAGCACAAAGGAUCAGCACUAUUACCUUGGUACGAGGAAUUUGUACAACGUGGCAAUAUUGACCUUUCACUUGUGUUAGUUCUGCUACAUACUACAGAUCAACAAGGAAAGAGUAAUAGUGCAAUCGAGGAAUUCCAUCUCCCAUCACCUCGGAUGAGCGGUCUUCGAGUAGUUCAGUCGAGUAUAAAUGAAGAGGAUGAUACUCUUCGUUUAGAAUUCAACACUUUUCUUUGUCGAGUUAUUUCAAACGUGAAAUUACACAAACAUCAGUAA